CCGCCGGCGUUAGCCGCUUCCCCAGUCCUGCGGCAGAGAAGGGGUUAGAGCCCACGGCACCACCAUGAACGAAGUGUCGGUCGUGAAGGAGGGCUGGCUGCACAAGAGAGGGGAAUACAUCAAA